UCUCAGCAAAAUCUCUGAAACACCGAAACUCUCUCUUCCUCUCUCUCUCUCUUCUGUACUUUCCUCGUGUUCUCACUCUCUCUCUCUCUUACACUUCGCGAACUCACUUCCAUCACUCCAACAACACACAGAUUCUAUCUCUCUUUUUUUUCUCUCUCUCUCUCUCUCUGUUUGCGCCAUUCAUUCUCGCGCAAGGGAAGUGAGUGAGUAAGUAACUCUCUUGUGUGUUGUGUUGUAUCUAAAUGGCCGAGACUCGCCGGAGACGAUGAAGUUUUCCGGCAACGGGAGUUUUCCGGCGGACAUUGCUUCCAAGGCCGCUGUGAACCCUUCGCCGGACUCAGAUCUUCAACCGGUGAAGCCCUUUCAGCGGCGGAAACCGAGAACUCCGGGGACCCGGUUGAGGAGACACGGAGGCAAACGGAGCAGACCGGAGACUCCUCUGUUGAAAUGGAAGAUCCAUGAAGAUCCACUCGAAGAGGACCAGAAGUCCUCUGUCGCUGGGUCCCGCCGGAAAACGUGCCGGAGCGCUAAGAAGCAAACGGAGGCCGCCGUGUCGGCACGGAGACUCGCAGCCGGGCUGUGGCGGUUGCAUCUGCCGGAGACGGCAACCGGUGAUGGCCGGAAGGGGUUGGAACAUAAGCAUGGAAAUGGUCACGUUGGCCUCCAGUUCCUGGGUCAUCCAAAUGGCAUGACCCAUGAUUCUGAUACGAAGAAGAAUCUAUCUCAAAGUCCCCGUUCCAUAUUUCGGACAAAGAAUGGACACUUCUGUGAGCCUGAACCUUUCAAGUAUCCCAACACUGAAAUGGAGGGUGCAACAAAAUGGGAUCCUUUAUGUUCAAAAACAUCUGAUGAGGCGCAGCAUAUCUACAGCCACCUGAAACUUCUUGACCAAAAGGCAAGUGCUGUAUCUGUUGUAUCUGCUCUCGGAGCUGAACUAGAGCAGGCUCGAGCACGAAUUCAGGAGCUUGAGUCCGAACAUCACUCCUCCAAAAAGAAGCUUGAGCAUUUCCUGAAGAAAGUCGGUGAGGAGAGGGCUCAAUGGAGAACUAGAGAGCAUGAGAAAAUCCGUGCUUACAUUGAUGACAUUAAAGCAGAGUUGAAUCGAGAAAGGAAAAAUCGGCAGAGGAUUGAAGUUGUCAAUUCGAGGUUGGUAAAUGAGUUGGCAGAUGCCAAACUCUCUGCAAAGCGCUACAUGCAGGAUUAUGAGAAGGAAAGGAAGGCCAGAGGAUUGAUUGAGGAAGUGUGUGAUGAGCUUGCCAGGGAAAUUGGAGAAGACAAGGCUGAAGUUGAGGCAAUGAAGAGGGAAUCUAUGAAACUCAGGGAAGAAGUGGAUGAAGAGAGGAAGAUGUUACAACUGGCAGAAGUAUGGCGUGAAGAACGUGUUCAGAUGAAGUUGAUAGAUGCAAAAGUUGCUCUUGAAGAGAAGUAUUCGCAGAUGAAUAAACUUGUUAUAGAUUUGGAAAGUUUUAUAAGGUCAAAAAGUGCAGAACCAAACACAAUGGAGAUGAGAGAGGCGCAGUUACUUCAACAGGCUGCAGCUGCAAUGAACAUUCAAGACAUCAAGGGAUUUUCAUAUGAACCCCCAAAUUCCAACGACAUUUUUGCCAUUUUUGAAGAUGCAAAUUUUGGUGAAGCAAAUGAGAGGGAGAUUGAACCAUGUGUUUCUCACAGUCCAGCUAGUCAUGCCUCGAAUAUUCACAUGGUGAGUCCUGAAGCCAAUGUAAUGACCAAGAACGGCAUUCAGAGGAGCUCUGAUGUAUUUAUGGAUGACAACGGGGAUAUAGAAGGAGAUGAAAGUGGAUGGGAAACUGUGAGCCAUGUUGAGGAUCAAGGCUCAAGUUAUUCACCAGAAGGGAGUGCACAAUCCUUGAACAGGAAUCAUAGAGAGAGUAAUGUCUCAGGGAGAAGUGUACUUGAAUGGGAAGAAACUGGAGGUGAGGAGACACCAAUAACUGAAAUUAGUGAAGUGUGCUCUAUACCAACUAAGCAAUCAAAGAAGGUAUCAUCCAUAACUAGGCUUUGGAGGUCACACCCAAAUAAUGGUGAUAAUUACAAGAUAAUCUCUGUGGAGGGAAUGGAUGGUAGACUUUCAAAUGGAAGGUUGUCUAAUGGGGUGAUCAACAUGUCUCCUGAUCAUGGAUCAGGUAAAGGGGGGCUGAGCCCCCAAGACCUUCUAUACCAGUUGAGUCCUGAGUCAGGAACUCCGCAUGCCGCACAUCGAGGUAAGAAAGGAUGCAUUCCUCGAACCGUGCAGAAGAAUAGUUUGAAAGCCAGACUCUUGGAGGCUAGAAUGGAAAGCCAGAAGGUUCAGUUGCGCCAUGUUCUUAAGCAGAAGAUUUAGUCAUGAGCAUAGAUAGGCAUAGCACAGAUUGCAUGCACACCUGUAUAAUUCAUAAAUGAGUAGUGAGAAGCAGUUUAUUUUAGAUUGUCAAGGUACAUAUAUGCUGCUAAUGCAAAAUCUGCUCAAGUGAUGAGGGGCUAUGAAUAUAUAUGUGCACAUUUUCUGCCUCAUACCGGUUCUUAUUUCAGUUCUUCAUUAUCAUUCGUAUUAAGCGUUAAGCAGAAAAUCUUUUCAUUCCGUUGUACCGAGUACUUAAAACCCUGGGAUACCUUGGGAAAUAGCUCGCUUUGUAAUCUUUCAUUUGGUGGGGUUUUGGGAAAAUUAUGAGAAGCAUGUUGCUGGUUUUUGUACUUGUAUCAAUUCUAGUGAGGGGAUAAAUGUGAAAGGUAAAAUGAUGGUCAUAAAGUAUAGAUGAUGGCUCUA